GAUUGAGAAAUUGUCAUAUUCAUUCAUAGGUUCUACAUAUAACACCCACACCCAUAAACAUACACACACAUAUUACCCCUAUGUUUCGGUGUUUCAGGAACAACGACCGAUCGAUAACACACACACACACAAAACAAACACAGCACAUGUGUGAUCCAUGGCUAUCCAACUAUAUGGAUGUUUUGAUUUUGAUUGCUGGGCAUCUCAACUUGUCUUGGCUUGUUGGCUGUAUAAACACGUAAAAUAUAUCUAGGAACAAAUACAUCCAAUAAAAGAGAGUAGUAAAUAAUAAUAACAGUAACCAGGAUCUUAUUAUUCGAUUCUUGACAUUAGUUUGUCUCAACCAAUGUGUUUGAGGUUGUGAUAUAUCAAUGUUUAAAUCAGCAAAUUCAAUGACCAUGACAAAGUGAUAAGGUUUUUAAUAAGAUUUGUUUUCAAUUGAAAAACUGACCGCCGAAUAUGGCUCAUUUUAGUUUGAAUCAUUUGAGCAGUUUGAUUUGCUGCCAUCCAAGUCGUUUUGAAUCAAGUGACUAUUUUUGCUCAAAUUUGCUCAACAAAUUCAUCAAUAAUCACGAUAAUAAUCGUGAAAACGAUCCGAAUGAAACAACGUUGCAACGGCAAUUCGCUCAAAAUCGACAAGAUCUAAUACUGAAUCAUGCAUCUGCAAGACCUGUGAAUUCGGCGCCUUAUUAUUAUGGAGAUAUAGCUUAUCGCCAACCUUUCACUCGAUAUACGAAUCAUUCGGAUAUUUCAAACAUCAAUCUUUUGAAUUCUAACGGUGAUUGGAAUCGAGCAUCGAUCAAGUAUUCCAUAAUGGAUGGUCUACGUGUGGGGAUCAAAAAUCAGGUUCGACAAAGUAAUCAAUAUUUACGAUCACCAAACGUAAAUCGUUCGGAUGAAUUUAAUGUGUCACUUCGUGGUUGGCUUUAUCGGCUCGAAGGAGCCGCAAUCAAACAAUGGAAACGAAGAUGGUGUGUCCUAGCCGAUUAUUGUCUCUUCUAUUAUAAAGAUAUGGCAGAGGAAAAGAUGCUUGGUUCACUUCUAUUGCCAAGCUAUAAAAUUAGUCCAUGUUUUAGCAGUGAUGGCAUAUCAAGGAAAUUCGCAUUCAAAGCUGAACAUAACAAUAUGAAAACCUAUUACUUUUCGGCCGAUUCAAAAGAAAUUCAACAACAAUGGAUGAAUGCCCUUUCAAUGGCUUCAAUUAUGCAGUUAAGCGCUAUCUUUUCUGCCCAAACUAACAAUGUACAACAUCAACAAAAUAACAAUAAUCUGACAAACCAUGAUCCUAGUAAUAAUCAGAUCAAUACAAAUGAUCCUCACGAUCAUAACAAUAAUGAUGAACGAAAAGAAUCGAUAUCGGAUCGUCGAUUAGGCCCAUUAUCUACAUCAUCCGUUCAAGAUGAUGAAUCCGGUUUUAUUGCCUAUCAUCAAACGAAACGUCUCGAAGAUUCGAAUGUUGUUCAACAAUUACAACAACAACCAAUUUAUCCUAUCAAUAAUUAUGAUGGGCAAAAUUUUCUUCCAACUGCUGCAAUGUAUCAACAAAUGGCAUAUAAUGGAUCCAUGGGAUUGCCAAUCUAUUAUCCCAAUCAUCCGCAUCAUCACCAUAUUCAUUCACAAUUGAACAAUGGAGAAUACAUAAAUGCACCACCGAAACCUCAACGGCAUUAUUAUGAUUUGAUGUUGCCAUAUGAUCUACAAGAUCAUCACCACCAUCAUCAACAUCAAACAUAUAAAAUAUAUCACGGCCAAAUGGAUCCAAAUUUCAUUAACCAAAAUUAUUUCAUUAUUGCUAAUGAACAGAAUUUCAUGCCAUAUCAUACUGACAUUUCGUCCGAUUUUAAUUAUGUUCCACAGCAACAACAAUCGCAUUCCAAUCAAUUUGAUCAUGAUUGUUUUAAUCAGAAUGUUGAACAUUCACAUCAGCAACAAUUACAACUUGAACAACUACAACGUUUACCUCCCAGACCACAUUCAGCCGAUUUCCUUGAGCGUAAUCAAGAUUAUGAAUUGGAUGAUGAAGAAUGUGAAACAUUGUUUGCAUCCAACAAUAAUAAUAAAUCCGGUGAUUCAUUUAAUAAUGAUAUUGUGAAUCAAGAUUCCCGAAUAAUGCCUAUAAGGCCUAAAUCAAGUAUCGAAAAAUAUGAUAACUACCAUCACAAUGGUAAAGGGUCGUAUGUUUCAUAUAAUGAAAAUUAUCAAUCUAAAUUUGAUCCAUAUAUGGCCAAAAAUUUUUAUCAAACCUCCCAUAAUGAUAAUGCUGAUAAUUCAAUCAUUCCGGUUUCAUUGAAAAAAACUAAUAUCGUUGAUAAAUUAAAUAAUGCACAUAUUGUUACUGAUACGACGACCAUACCAAAUCGUCCACCAUUACCACAAGAAUAUGUUUUCCGUUUUCAACAACAAAAUACUGAACAUACUCAAAAUAUCGACGAUUUAGUUGGCUUGCCAAAAACCCAAUCUACAUCGAUCAAACGAGAAAAAAACAUUACUACCUAUACGUCAGACGAUGAAAAGGCUAAAACAUCAAAUUCCCAUCGUAAUGCUAUAAUGGACAGUGAUAAUAAUGAUGACCCAUUUGAAUUGAGUAAAGAAGAGUAUCAAAAAGCAUCAAAAUUAUUUUUCCAACGGCAAUUGAGUUGUUCACGAACAUUAAAUUCAACAAGAAAUUAUAUGGCUAAAUUAUCAUCAAAGCAACCAAAUCCAAAAGAUGAUUGGAAUGAAAUUGGCUUACCAAUGCCUAUUCAAAAUGUAAAUAGUAAUGAUAAUGGACUUUUUAAACGAAUAAACUCAGAAAAAACGAAUCCCGGUAAUUUUGAUGUCCAAAAUCAAUCGAAUGAAGAAUUGGAAAUUAAAUUUAAACUUGGUCUAAAUGUUCGAACAUAUAGAAAACCCAAAUUAUCAAACCAUUGUCCAUCGACAACAUUAGAUGAUAAUGAUAGUGUCCAUAAACAAUUGUAUGAUGAUAUAAACAAAAGCAACAACAAUCAAAAUAAUAGUCAAAAUUCUACCCCCACUGCACCUUAUUAUUAUUCUGAUCUCCUAAAUGAAGAACAAAAAAUUGCAUUACAGAAAAAACUUGGCGAUUUUGCCGAACCGCCACCAUUAUUGUCUCGUUGUACUGCUUUGAAUAAUACACGUUUUCUGGGCACAACAUCAUUAACAUUAGAUAAAAAAUUGUCAAACAGAACAAAAACUUUGAAUACGUUGAACAAUUUGAAUGAUGGUGAUGAGAAAAAAGAUUCGGAUGCUGAGAAAAGACAUUAUUCAUCAUUACCUAAAAACAAUAAAGUGGACCUCAAGAAUUUCUCGACAACUUCACCACAACAAAUUAAAGAUGACAACAACCAUCCAACUAAUAGGAUUGACCAGACAAUUAUUUUUUCUGAAAAUGUUAAUGAGAAUAAUCACGAACAACAACAACAACCAGAACAGCAAUCAGCAAAUAUGCAACCCAUUUAUGAGAAUUGUACCGAAACAAAAAGCCCAAUAAAGCAAGCACCCAGUCAAGUUUCUGCUCAUAGACAAAAUUCUACUAACAAUAAAAAACAGACCCGAAAAACACUGAAAAAUAAGAAUUUAAAUAACGCCGAUAGCCUAGAUUCAUUACACCAAGUUCCUAUCGAAACAUCGAAAAAGAAACGAAGAAAACGUAAAUCAAGAGAAAAUCUAAACAAUGCUUCGGAUUCUGAAAUACAAUUCACUGAUGAAAAGGGUAAAAGCAAUACAUUUGAUCGAGCAUCACGGAAAUAUUUUCUUAAAUCAUCACGAAGAUUUAGUGUUUCAGCAGCCGAAUAUGUUGGCAGAAGGCAUGAAGAAUUGAUUCUAAUGUUGAUUCAAUUACGUCGAAAACAAUCACAAUUGGCAAAAACAUGUGAAAAAUUACGAUUACAAAUGGAUAGCGAAGAAAAAAUGAUGGAAAUUGAGCCAUAUCGAAAAGAUGAUUAUCAAUUACGAUUCAAUGAACUUAGCCGAAAAUGGAAAGAGGUUAAUCGAGAAUAUCGAUUACAAAUACCGAUCAUUCAGACUAUUGAUCAUAUGAUUAAGAUUAAAUCAAAAACUAAGCUUAAUGAAUUGAACAAAAAGAAAGCAGCUUCUACAUCAAUCUUGGAUCGGGUUACCGUUGAUGAUGAUCAAUUCAAUUUAGUGAAAAAAGAUCGCGAUAGUGUUUCGAGUGAUUCUGACUCGAUUCGAACAGCUGAAACACCUAACGAAAAUAUUGAAAUAUUAAAAAGACAACAAAAAGUUUUAGAGGGCGAAUUGGAUCGUGUUCGAGGAAUGUUAACACAUUCGACGAGAAAAUUGGAAGAAAAAGCGGUGGAAAAUGCACGAAUGGAACAAGAAAUGCUGUUGGCGCGAAACAAAUUGAAGCAAGUGUUGGAAAAUGAACAAGAGGCGAUGGAAAUAACCAGAUCAUCAAAACUUGAAGCUGAAUUGGUCCAUAUUAACAAAGUAAUCGAUGAUUUACAUAAUCGUCGUAAAGAAUUAAAUAAUGCAAUUGAAAAUCUGAAAAAUUCUGAAACAAAAUUCAUGGCAGAUCGAUUCAAUGAUGAUAACGUUUAUUCAGAUUACCAUAAAUUCACCAAUGAAGAAUUGAAAAUGGCUGUGAAUAAUGCUGCGGAAACCAGCCUCUAUCCAUUAUAUGAGAACAUUAAAAAAUCGCAAGCAUUUUUAAGCAAUCAAAAUAGCCUGCAAAUUGAUCAUCGUCAUGUCGAGGAUGAUAAUGAUGGAGACAAUGAUAACGAAGAUGAUGAUAAUUUUGAUCGGACAAAUAAUAAUAAUUUAAACGAUGAAUUUUUCACACUAAACAUCAAUCUGGACAAACAUCAUACGAAUUUAUCAUCAACUUCACGAAUAUCAACCAAUCUGAAUGAGAUCAAUAAUAAUUUUCCGUCAAACAUUCAGACAAUGUGUGAAUUCGAUCCAAAUAAAGUAAUGACAAUGACUUAUGGCGGUGAUAGUAUUGUUGAUCAACAGCUCAAACAGAUUUAUAAUUAUCAUCAUCAACCAGUGAUCAUACAACAACCGUCUACUAAAUCAAAUGAAGUGAAAACUGUUCGCGAAGUUAAACGAGAAUCUGAACGUCGAAAAUUUAAUCAUCAUCAACAACAACGAACAUCAACGUCAUCAUACAAUAUUGUGCGAACAAAUUACGAUUCCUAUCUUCAAACGAAUCACUAUUUCAAUCACAACGAUAAUGCUAUGACGACCGAACUAAAAUCCAUUGAUCAGCAAAUGAAAUUCGAUACGGACACUGUUAUUGAUCAUUUGACAUCAAGUCCUAGCCAAAAUUUUAAUACACCGGAUAUUGUUCAAAGCACAAUAAAAUUAACGGACAAAACCUGAUACAAAUGAUUUGUUCUUAAUCAUUGUCAUCAAUUAUAAAUUCCCAUUCUAACAAUUCAGUAUUAUUAUUAUUAGUUUGAUUUGCUUUCAAAUUAUUGUUAUAUACGAAAAAAAUUUGA